GUGCAGUACUAGGUGCCUAGUAGGCUACGAAGCACAGACACGUUAGCCAAAGUUCGAGAACAAGUCGAAGAUGUAUGUUUCGGAAGGGGUAAAAUGAGCCGUCGUGGUAUAAAUAUAUUCACGACAUAGCUGAAACAAUCAAUUCAGUAAAAAGUCCCUCAGACGGCGCUUCCCGGCUUAUCCCACGUUGCGCGUUUCCAGGCACGACUGCACCUCCAAUGCGGUGCUGCAUAUUAUGUAGUCGCCGCAUUAGCGAGUGCGGUGUGACGCCUACUAGUAACGCCUCGCUCAUGCGCUCGUGCGUUGUUAAACAUGUGUGCCAUGUGUGGUGUGUCGCCCUCAUCGGCCUCAGGUUGGGGUAGUUGCGUAGGUGUAUCGGAACACCGACGGUUGUUUUUUUCCUUUUUUUGGUGGGUGGGAGGAUGGGGAUGGGAGGACGGCAGGAAUGGCGUCCGUCCAAAAGGUAUCCCCAGAUCUCGCGUAAGAUUCUUUAGAGAAGAACUACUUUCUUUUUGCAAUUGAGGCACGAUCUUAAUAAGUAUAAGGCCAACUUAAUAAAGAUGGGAAGUUAUACUGGCGCGUCGAAGGGAAAAGUCCUGGUAACAGGAGGGAGCGGGUUUAUUGCGUCACAUAUCAUCGACUCACUGUUAGAUUAUGGAUUUGAAGUUAUUACGACAGCAAGAUCAGAAGAGAAGGGCCGGAGAAUAAUAGAAUCUGCCAAGCCCGCUCAGCAGUCCAACAUUUCCUUCGCUAUCGUAGAGGACGUUGCCAAAGAGGGUGCUUUCGAUACUCUCUUAACCAGCGACCCUACCAUCGACUAUGUAAUCCACACAGCAUCGCCAUAUCACCUCGACGUGCAAGACCCCAUCAAGGAGUUCCUGGAUCCCGCCAUAAAGGGGACGAUAGGGCUGCUCCAGUCCAUCAAGACUUACGCCCCCAAUGUGAAGCGCGUCGUGAUCACGUCGUCCAGCGCCGCCAUCAUCAACCCCCUAAACCACGCCAAGGUCUACGACGAGACGUGCUGGGCGCCCUGGACGUGGGAGGAUGCGCAGGACCCCUCGCGGGCGUACGUAGUCAGCAAGACCCUCUCCGAAAAAGGCGCCUGGACCUUCAUGGCCACCCAGCACCCCCCCUUCUCCCUCGUCGUCAUAAACUGCACCUUCACCUUCGGGCCCCUGCAGCGCCGCCUCCCCAGCCUCUCGUCCAUGAACACAUCCAACCACCGGAUCCGGGACAUCGUGCUCGGCCGCUACGCCUCCGGCCUGCCCCCCACCCAGCCCCCCGUCUUCACCUUCGUCGACGUGCGGGACGUCGCGCUCUCGCACCUGCGCGCGCUGACCGUCCCCGAGGCGGCCGGGAAGCGCUUCUACGUCGUGGGCGGCCAUCUGAGCAACCAGCGGAUCGCGGACGUGGUGAGGAGCGCGCAUCCGGAGCUGGCGUUGCUGCCGCCGGCGGACGGGGAGGACGAUUUCCCGACGGAGGAGAAUGGGGGGAAGGGGUUUAUGUUUGACAAUAGCAGGAGCAGGGAGGUGCUGGGGUUGGAGUAUAUUGGGCUCGAGAAGUGUGUGCUGGAUACGGUGGAGUCGAUACUGAGGAUGAAGGAGGAGGGGCUGAGCUAGGUGUUUAAGUCACCUAGGUCGGUAAAGUAAGUGCAUACCCCCUAUCUCUGGAUAGGGGUAGAGGUAGGCUGGGUACUUAACGACUUGGAAGGUAGAGAUCGGAAAUCCGUAUACGAA